ACACAAUGCACAUGACUGUUGACAGGGCAAGCGUGCAAGCCUGAUGCCAGUGAUGGAAGGAAGCGUCAGGCUCUGCCGCUGCGCUGCGCCUGCACCACCAUGCCAAAAAUUGCUCAAGGAACACAUGCGCGUUCAACCGCCAGUUCUCACCUGAUUCUCCCUGCCAAUGUAUGACCAUCCUAAAUCAAUAUCUACAGAAUUUAGCUUCCUGAGAUCGUUGAACACACAAGGCAGGCCUGCCUGGGCAUCUCUGCUGACGACAAGCAAGUGGUGCACGCGGGGGCAAUGGGCGCUGCCAGCAGCAUGUGGAGGCCUUGUGUUUUGAGGGUUUGAUGCUGGAUGGGCGAGGAUCUAAUUGAGGAGGACAGCUUCGUAGAUUUAGAAGCCGGCCCGGCGGCGCACCACUUACGGUGGGGUCACCACUAUCUAGAGCCUCUUUCCAUGUCGUCCACACCCAAAACAGAGCCUGUGCUGUGGCGCUCCUGGGAGAAGGGCCGCAGGAGCAGCACCGGCAGCCAGCGGGGCGACAGCAGCCCGGGGCCCAGGCGCUCAUUGGAUGGCUCGCCGGAGGGCCCCCCCGGCCCAGGCUCCCUGGGUGCGUACUUGCGGCGCAGCCUGGCGGCCCUCUUUUUGGGCAGCUGGUUCAACGUGCUGCUGCCGUUCCUCCCCGCGGCCAUGGUGGCGGCGCACCUGCAGCUGGGCCACGCCACCGUGUUCACUCUGACGUGCCUCGCGCUGGCGCCCCUCUCGGAGCGGCUGGGCUACAUCACGGAGCAGCUGGCGCUGGUGACCAACCCCACGCUGGGCGGCCUGCUGAACGCCACCUUCAGCAACGCGCCCGAGCUCAUCCUCUCCCUCUUUGCGCUCAAGGCCGGCGUCUUCCGCGUCGUGCAGCUCACCCUCCUCGGCUCCAUCCUGGGUAAUAUUUUGUUGGUGGUAGGGUGCGCCUUUCUGGCGGGGGGCGCGCGGCACCAGCUGCAGAGCUUCAACAAGAUCGCCGCCACCACCAACGCAGGGCUGCUGCUGAUGGCGGUGAUGUCCAUCUUGUUCCCGACCAUCCUGGUGGCGCAGCACACCGAGAUCCGCGCGGACGCCAGCCUGGCGCUGUCGCGCACCACGGCCGUGCUCAUGCUGCUGGCCUACACGGCCUACAUCCUGUUCCAGCUCGUCACGCACCGAAGCCUCUUUGACGCCCCCACGCCGCCCCCCGCCACGCUGGCGGGCCUGGAGACGGGGGCGAGCGGUGAUGAGGACGGCGAGGAGGAGGAGGAGGUGGUGCUCGGCUUCUGGGGGGGCCUUGUGUGGCUGGCGCUCGUGACGGCCGCCAUCAGCAGCCUCUCCGACUAUCUCGUGGCCGCCGUGGAGGGCGCCGCCGUGCAAUGGGGCGUGCCGCUCGCGUUCCUGAGCGUGAUCGUCAUCCCGAUUGCCAACAACGUGACGGAGCACGCGGCGGCGGUCGUGUUUGCGGUGCGCAACAAGGUGGACAUCAGCCUGGGCAUCGCGCUCGGGUCGUCGACGCAGAUCGCCAUGUUCGUGCUGCCCCUCGUGGUCCUCGUCGGCUGGGGCCAGGGCGCGCCCCUCACGCUCGACUUCCGGGUCUUUGCCACCGCCGUGCUCUUCUCGGCCACGCUCGUCGUUGCCUACCUCCUCCAGGACGGCGAGAGCAACUGGCUCAAGGGGCUCAUGCUGGUGACCAUGUACGUCGUGGUCGCCGCCGGCUUCUUCCUGCACAAGGACGCGCGCCUCCCGCACCUCGCCACGCCCCAGCUGCAUAUCGACCUUUAAUCGCAACCAGGCAGCGUCAUCCGGAUGACAUUGCGCAGAUUACCCUCACGAGAGGGGACGAGCAGGUUGCAUGAGUGUGUUGUUGCGUAACGAACCUUUGACUUGCAGAAAAACAAGGUAUCCAUAGCGGGCAGCUUUGUUCUGGGAGCAGGUAUUGCUAGAACGGGACUUCCGUGAGAGGUUGUGACCGUUUCGGACGGCUCACUAAGAAAGCUUUUGCAAUCCCCGGAUGGGAUCGUCUUUGAUUAGGUGGUGUCACCGUCAGCUUUCUCAGGUUAAGAGCUUAUGCAUAGAUGAGAUAGGUGUACGUGGUUUGGUACAGGGAUGGUAUAGCAAGAACGUGCAAUUUGCACCCACAAGAUUACAACAUAUGCUUCAUGACAUGGGCUGAAUGUUGGCGCAUAUAUCCGUCACUCAGUGCCCAUGAGACGUUUCACUACCUGC